GUGCAAUCAUGACCCAACCCGGUUUCUACAUGGGAGACAGGUGUGAGUUCUACGCUUCACAGCCAUUGGUCAUUGGGCUGGGGGCCGGAGUGGGAGGCCUUCUACUCAUCAUCAUCAUCACCCUGUCAAUCUGUCUGUGCUGCCGACGUAAGAGGGAACAGCACGAAUUUGAGGGCGCACCAUUACCAGAUAACGCUUACUGGACACUUUAUGACACAAUGUCGGUGACGAACAAGACUGAGGACACCCAUGAUGAGAUGCCACUACACAGCGUGGCGAAUAAAAGGGAGGUCCGCUUUGACGACAGUUCCGGCCAAGAGAAGAACAUCGCUAGCACAUCCACAGCCAAUCAUCUGACCAAUCCGGACAAAGGGCAUGUCAAAUACCAGGUGUCAAGUUACGCCGCUCCUACCUGGGAACGUCCCACGACAACCAAUCACAGCUUCCUUCAUGGAGACUUGCGGACAUCAAGUGAUGAGGAGAACCCUGUAAACGGAUCGAAUCCUGGUGUCAGGAAUGUGCCGAUUGGUCAGGAGUACAAGCUUCCCCGAGCUACAGUGACCACAAGCACCAGCUACUGGUGAAAAACUUGACAGGACAAGGACCGCGACCCUGAUGGGUGACCUAUCCCAGAUGCGCUCCAUCCCAGAAGCGCCUCUGGGAUAGAAGCACAUCUGGGAAGCAAAAAUUGUCACAAAGAUGGCAUUUUGCCCUUUGAGAUUUUUUUACCAUUUAGUAUUUGAUAAAUACAAAAGAACAACUCAUAUAUAGAGUUUGCUAUAUGGUGGCUGAUGGUUGUAAAAUGAGAGGAUGCUAACGCAAAGAAGUGGUGUUUAAAGCUUGUUUUUUAAAGUCUUGUACAUUGAUGAGAGGGACUUUUAUUCCCUUACUAUAUUACUAAGUUUAAGAUUUGAGAAUGCAACUUUUAUUUGUGGAUAUUUGUAAUGAUAAGAGUAGUGUUUGAAAUGCAUUUUGGGUGAAAUGACAAAUGAAUAAUGUAACACUUACAACAAAAUAUUAUAACAAGAUUGGUAACGUCUUUUUGGUAUACUUACAUUUAAGAUUAAGUUUAUAAUUAAAUGAUUGCAUACUCUGACAUGGGUCACUGUGUAUGAUGACCUUUGUAAAAGUAGGCCAAGGAUAGGCCGCCAUUUUGUAACCUUAUCAGGUCACGUACCAGGCAGCGCAGGGGUUGCUGGGAAACUGUGAAAACCCGCUGUGUUCUUUCGCCAUUAACUGAUAACAUACUACAGAGGACUUUUGUGACAAAAAUGCCAUUCCUUGUUCCUUUGAAAACAUUCCAAUGGUUUGUCUAAUUGUGUUUCUAUAGAGUUUGUUGAACGAGUAUUUUUGCCAAUUUAGGUCAGAUGCCGCCAUUUUGUGUUCUUACCAAGCCGUGUGGCACGUACCGUAGCAGCGUAUGUGUUGCUAGAAAACGAUGGAAUUCAAUUGUUAGUUGUCUUCGUCAUUGACGAAUGGUGUCAAAAAUGUCAUAUUAUGACGAAAGUGUAACCCUGUUUUUUAAGGAUUGUAAUAUUAUAUAGUGUUUCCAUAAUCGUUUGUUGUAUCUUAUGACAAUAUGAAAGAAAUGUGUGGAAAUGUGUGGAAGAAGAAUGAGAAAAAGCCUUUAGAAUGAUUCCAACAUUUCCUGUUGCGAGCUGAGUAUUUGUCAAGACUUUCUUUGUUGUGGUUGUCAAUUUGCAGACAAAUUACAGACUGUUGACUCAAAGCAUUUACUUAAACCCAGGUAUUGUUUGGCUAAGUCGUUGUGGACUAUUUGCCCAUACCAGUAAAGUACUCUGUUACCAAGUAGUUAUCAGAAGUUAGAUGAUAUUUACUGACCAAACCACAUUUGAGUGAAGUAUUUGUUCGGUCUGGGAUAGAAUGAUAAAAUGGCGAAAUCUUUUCGUAUGGAGUAACAUGAUUUUUGAGAUGGUGCAAUACACAGCUUUUUACUUGCUUGAGUCGU